UGAAUUGGGUGGGCAGCGGCUUUGGGAGACCCUCAGAGCCGCGUCCCCAGAGCCGGCUGCGGUGGCGGGAGGUGACAGACGCCUUGGGAGGUGACAGCCACCCGCUGGCCCCCGGCCCCGCCUCUCCCCCGGCAUGGCAGAAAAGCAGAUCCCGCAGCUCCUGGAGUCCCAGUCGGGCCCGGGCCGGGGGCCAGGGCGGCCCUGGGGCAGGAUGUUCCCCCCGCGGGGCUGCAGGAACGGCUUCCCCAGGGAGCCCGGUCCCCCUCCGUGGUGGGAUGGGCCACAGCCAGGUCCCCAUCCCGGUCCUGAGGACACCUGGGAUGAGCCCCCCUGGAAUGAGCCCCCCUGGGAUGAACCACCCUGGGAUGAACCACCCUGGAAUGAACCACCCUGGGAACACCAGCACAGGAGACACCGGCACAGGAGGUGCCCGCCCAGGGGCUCCAGACCCUUCCCUGGCUCCGGUGACGCCCCGUGGAAGGAGGAGGAGAGAUGGGGACCCCACUACUGCCCCCCGCCACCCCCCUGGGGUGACAGAGAAGAAUUCCAAGGGCCUGAGGACGGCUUUGGGGACAGCUGGCACCUGGAUGUGUUCCCUGAUUCCUGGCCCGGAUUCCCCGAGGAGGAGCAGCCCCCACCCUGGCCCCCCGCCGGCCCUCCACGGAAUCCAGGAGCUUUCCCGGAACACCGCCCGCCCUGGAGCCAUCACCCGGCUGGGAGACGCCGCCUCCGCAGGAGCCACCACCGGCAGCUGACCGUGGUCCCCCGGGCGUGGUGUCCCCCAGCCCCCCGAGGGCACAAGCAGCACUCCAAGCCCUCUCCUGCCGUCUCCAACACGAGCCAGCCAGCGGCCAAGAAGGAGCCGCAGCCCCCGGAUCCUGCCCAGCCCCCUGCUCCCCUCCAAGGUGCUGCGGAGACGCCGGAACAGCCGCAGGAUGUGCCAGUGGGGACUGGGAAUGUCCUGGAGCCCCCCAGUCCGGCUGGGAGCCCUCUGGAGAGCCCAGCUGCCGAUGCCGGUGCUGCGGAGCCGCCGGUAGGAGAUUCCCCUGCUGCCAGGGGUGCUCCCACCUCGGGAGCUGCCUGGAUCACGGGUCUCAUUGGCUGCUGGAACAUCUCUCUCCUCUCUCCUCCAGCUCUUCCCCUCUCCACCUCGCUGUCUCUUUGCCAGGCAUGGAAUUUUUCCAGGCUCUUCUUUCUCUGGCAUUUCCUUUGGGUUUUAGCGCCCUGUCCAUCCCAUCCCGGGAUAGAUGUGUGUCCUCACGCCUCUGUGUCUCCCCAGGUUGAGCUGGAAGCUGGGCAGACCCCUGUGGGUGACCAGGAUCAGGAUCCCUGUGCUUUGGGGACAGAUCCAACCCCUCCAGAGGAGACCUCCAGCUGUCCCGAGAUCCAGGAGCACCUUGAGGUAGAGCCGUGCAGUCCCGGUGUCCCCAAGGCUGGCACCGCUCAUGGGUCACAUCCCCAGAGCCCAGCAGCCCCUCCACACCCUGCCAGGAGGGAACUCCUGGAAUCCAGCUCCUCUGGAGAGGCAGGGGCUGAGCUCAGCCCACAUUCCUGGGAGCAGCCGCCACGUGGAGCUGGAGAAGCCGAGGCAGAAGCUGCCCAGAAUGGGCCUCUGCAGAGCCCUCAGCCGCCCAAAAACCCUCAGGUCCCUCCAGCAUCUGCAGCAGAACCUGAGGUCCAGCCCAGCCAGGCUUCCCCUGGUGCCUGCACCACACCAGAGACCUCUGCAGGGCCCCAGCACCCGCCUGGGUCCGGUGAGACAAAGCCGGCUGUGUCUGGCCAGCAGCAGCACUGCUCCACGCUCCCCACACCAUUCCCGGCCGGCGUCGACUUACGCUCUGCCACCGUCCUCGCCAAGAAGGCAGAGAUCGAGCAGUCGUACCAGCAGUUCAGCCUGACCAUCGCCGUGGUGGCCACGAUGCUGCUGCAGAAGGAGCCGUCGAUGGAGGCAGCGCUGGGGCUGGCGCUCAGGGCCAACCUCCGCCAGUGCCGCCUCUACCACCUGCAGCAGCUGGAGGAGUUCAUCGACACCAUCGACUCGGCCACCGCCAGCCUCUGAUGGCAGCCACCCCCUCCUGCCAGCUGGGUGAGGGUGGUGGGGGCUGUGACAGGGCUGUGACAGCACUUUGGGGUGCUCAGGAGGGUGCUGAGCCUGCGGGACAAGCUGGGAGGUGUUGGCAGCCCCACUCGACCUCUUGGAAGAGGGAGGGUGAGCAGGACAUGUUUGGUUUUAGCCCUGCCCAGAUUUCUGAGGGCAGCAAAAGUUUUACUGUGGGGUGAUGGGAGGGAGGGCAGCAGUGCCUCUCCUCCAUUCCUGCUUGCCAGGGAUGUGUCCCCAAACCCCAGUGAGUGUUUUUGGGUUUAAAUCUGAAAUUAAACCGUGUUUUCUUUGCA